AUGGCGGACGAACAGUCAAACAAGGCCCACAGGCCCGCGCAAUCGGGCAAAAAGGCAGAGAAAAAGGGCAAAGGGAAAGAGAAGCAAGGGUUUAACGAAAAAGCAUUUGCCCCAAAGUCUGGCAGAAAUGCAGACCGCCAGGGAAGACGAAACGCCGAGCGAGACCAAACUCGUCUUCAUGUCCCUUUGGUAAAUCGCACCCCCGACGAUGAGCCGCCGCCUAUCAUCGUCGCUAUUGUUGGUCCGCCAGGGGUUGGCAAAACGACUUUGCUGAAAAGCUUGGUUAGACGUUAUUCUAAGCAAACACUAUCCGAGGCAAAAGGCCCUAUCACCGUCAUUGCAGGGAAGAAACGAAGACUUACCUUCGUUGAAUGCAAUAAUGACCUUAAUUCGAUGAUCGACGUUGGCAAGGUCGCUGACUUGGUUCUCCUCAUGAUAGAUGGUUCGUAUGGCUUCGAAAUGGAAACAUUUGAGUUUCUGAAUAUACUACAGUCUCAUGGGUUUCCAAAAGUCAUCGGUAUCCUGACCCACCUCGAUCUCAUCAAAAAGGCUGCGACCCUUAGCUCUACUAAAAAAACGCUCAAGAAGCGUUUCUGGACGGAGAUUUAUCAGGGUGCUAAACUGUUCUAUCUUUCCGGUGUACUCAACGGCCGCUAUCCGGACACCGAGAUUCUCAACCUCUCCCGCUUCAUCAGUGUCAUGAAGUUCCGCCCUCUCGUUUUCCGCAAUCAACACCCAUAUUUGCUGGCCGAUCGAAUUGAAGACAUGACCUCUCGUGAGCUUAUACGCUCAUCUGAUGGCAUGUGCAAUCGAACGGUGACCUUGUACGGGUAUCUUCGUGGGACGAACCUUCGGCAGAAUUCUAGAGUUCACAUUCCUGGUGUCGGCGACAUGUCACUGAGAAGUGUUUCGUUGCUUGGAGAUCCUUGCCCUUUUCCAGAUGCGGACUCAGAAAAGCGAAGGAAGCUGAGCGAAAAGAAGAAGUUACUCAUUCACGCGCCAAUGAGUGAUGUAGGCGGUGUAACGUAUGAUAAAGACGCGGUCUACGUGAACGUCCCGGGUAGUUUCUCGCGCGAUGCCGAUGGCGUGCCCCAAGGCGAAGGAGAACAAAUGGUAAUGGACCUCCAAGACGCAGCCAAUACGUUAGAAGAGGGAGUAGCCCGCAGCCAAAUACGUCUGUUAGGCUCAUCGUCGCUUCCUCUGAAUGUAUUGGCCCGCGAUGACGACGAAAUGGACGAACAGGCGGGGGAUGAAGAAGAAUCGGAUCUCGGCGGUGACGAAGACGACGGCAGUGAGAUGGGGUCCGAUGCCGGCUCAGACGACAUGGAUACGGAUGGGGAGGAUAGUGAUAAAGGUCCCAAGGUUGGUGUCUCAAUAUUGGAGACCGAAGGUCGUCGCAGCCUACGUCGUGUCUCUCGUCCUAUGGGUCCCGCUUCUGGUGAAGCAGAGAAUGGCGAGGUCGUGUUUGCAGAAAGCGACUCUGAUAUGGGCUUCGAUGACGAUUUGGAUAGCGAUGUGGAUGUGGAGGAAGUCAAUGUUUGCGAAGGUGAAGAAGACAACACCGAAGAUGCACCAGCUUGGAAGACAAAUCUCGCAUCCAAAGCAGCAAUAACGUUCAAUUUGGGUCGGAGAAAUCGGCGAAAGGAUUGGUUCUCAUUGAUAUAUUCAAGCUCCUUAACACCGCGACAAGUGUUGGAGACCAAUCCUUCCGCAGAAGCUCGUGAGGUAGAAGACGACCUGGACGACGGCGAUUUCUUCCAGCUACGCAGUGCAGCGACAACCGUGGAUGACACUGACAAGACAAAGGAAGAUCUUGAUCCCGAAGACCUCAAACAAUGGUCGGACGAAGAGCUUCUUGACUCUAUACGGCACCUGUUCAUCACUGGCGAUUCUGGUGGCGACCACGACGAUGGUGACAAGAACGAAUACGAAGAUUCGGAAGGGGGUGACUUUGUGGAUCUGGAGGCGCCUGACGUAAAUGCAUCCGCGACUGCCUUAACAGAAGAUCCAGAAGCAGCCUUAGCCGCCAAGAAGGAGGCGCUCAAGCGUAAAUUUGACGAACAGUACGACGAGCCCUCAAACUCUGGCAUGGACUUCUAUGACGAGAAGAAGGACGAGAUCGCUAAACAGCUCCAGCUUAACAAGGCUGAAUUCGAAGGCAUCGAAACAGAGGCUCGUGCUCAGAUUGAGGGCUACCGGCCUGGGAUGUACCUUCGCAUUGAGCUUGAAGAUGUCCCUUGCGAAAUGAUCAAGAACUUUGACCCCUCCUAUCCAAUCCUCGUUGGUGGUCUGCUAGCUGCGGAAGAGCAGUUCGGAUAUUUGCAAGUUCGCAUAAAGCGUCACAGGUGGUUCACGAAGACUCUCAAGACCAAUGAUCCACUGAUUUUUUCGUUGGGCUGGCGGCGGUUCCAGAGUCUUCCCAUUUAUUCUCUCGACGAUCACUCGAUUCGCAUGCGAAUGUUAAAGUAUACGCCAGAACACAUGCAUUGUUAUGCCACCUUCUAUGGCCCUGUUUCGUUACCCAACACGGGCUUCUGUGCCUUCAAUUCGCUCAGUGGAGAGUCAUCUGGCUUCAGGAUCUCGGCUACGGGCGUUGUCUUGGACAUCGACAAGUCCAUCAAGAUUGUCAAGAAGUUGAAGCUCACUGGAACCCCUUUCAAAAUCUACAAGAACACUGCCUUCAUCAAAGACAUGUUCAACAGCGCUCUUGAAGUUGCUAAGUUUGAAGGCGCCAACAUCCGCACUGUAUCUGGCCUCAGAGGUCAGGUGAAAAAGGCCCUCUCGAAACCAGAUGGGGCAUUCCGUGCGACCUUUGAAGACAAAGUGCUCAUGAGUGAUAUCGUAUUCUUGCGCGCAUGGUACUCCAUUCAGCCAAGACCCUUCUACAAUCCCAUCACUUCCCUUCUGCUUUCGGAUAAAGGCCACUGGUCAGGCAUGCGUCUGACGGGAGAGGUCCGCCGGGAGCAAGGACUUAAAACACCUCAAAAUGUGAACUCGCACUACAAGCUCAUCGACCGGCCUGCGCGCCGCUUCAAUCCUCUGAAGGUCCCGAAGAAACUUCAGGCUGAUUUACCCUAUGCAUCAAAGCCCAAGCUCAUGAAACCGCAGCAAAGGCAGACGUACAUGCAGAAGCGAGCUGUCAUCAUGGAGCCAGAGGAGAAGAAAGCAGUCGCACUUCUGCAGCAGGUGCGGGCGCUACGAAAGGAUCAGGUCGCAAGAAGACGGGAGAAGCAGAAGGAGAGGAAAGAGGUGCAUCGGAAGAAGAUCGAGAAGGAUGAUGAGAAGCGGAUAGAGAAGGACAAGGAGAAGCGGAAGGAGAUAAUGAGGGCAGCAGGGAUGAAGCAGAAGCGGGAAACCGAUGCCGCUGAGGGCAGAGGACCUAAGAGAAGGAAGACUUGAUAUAUGGCGCUCUGCAAUUCACUAUGUAGUACUACGCUAGGGUUUCUCUUUACUUCAACUUGUGUCCGGCUAACUGCAAUGAUUUG